UUUAAAAUAUGGCUUUUACUGCCAAGACUGUGGUCAGGAGUAAAACGAAUAUUUUAUGCACGAUUAUUAUUAUUGGUGAAGGAUUAUCUGUUAUGCAUUGGAAGGGGAGGAUAAAAAUUCACAGCUACGCAGGGAAAGAAAAUGUAGUCCAAUCCAGUUUAUGUGUCGAAUCCAGUUCUGGUUUUGCCACACGCCGGAGGCUGGUGCUUGGAGUAGCUGUGAGAUGAGGGCACUGUGUGCGCUCCUGGUAUCACACAGAGGUAUGAGGUGGGAGCUCAGCCCCAAAUCCGUGCAGUGUGUUUCACAGACACUGAAGGGGAAAGAGAGAGACUACAUAUCCACACACACGCUGCAAGGGCAAAUCACUUUCUCGGCUGCUGUCCUCUCCCCAGUCUUCCUGGAUCUCCACACUGCGAAAGGCACAACAGAACCAGGUGGCUUUCAACUGUAUUCAGCUGCUGUGGGUCUAAACGGACUUCCAGCACUAUCUUCCCGUAGUCCUCUCCCCGUCACAUCUGCGAAGGAGUAGCAUUUGGACUUGAGCGCAAAAGCAGGGCAGGUGUGGAGGCAACUAGUUGAGAACAUGAGCCGAAACGACCCCACGGAUGGGUGAUUAGUGAAGCGAUCCGUGCACUGCGUGGUUGCCAGUCGAUUCCUAGAGUGUUAAAGCCUCAGCUAACAAGGUAAUUCGAGCGAGUGCUUACCCCGGGUGCAUACAGAAGCCGCUUGACUCUGAAAUCAAGCCAUGAACAAUAAUCGGGAACAAAGGGACAGCAGGUUGGAAGAACAUCAUCGAGGUUGGAAGGUACUGAGGAUGAUGGAGUGUGCAACAACUGUGGAACUUCUCAAUGCGUACACUUGCUGUGACUAGGAGAGAAAAAUGCACAAUAAAGGAUGAUGUCCAGCUCUGCCUGAACGUACACUUCUCAGAUCCCGUCAGUGUAACGAACUUCAUCAGUCACCAGUUCACCUCUUGAGAUUAGGCGUCUCUGAAGAAGACUAUUUUUCCUGUUUCACCAUGAAGUCAUUGACCUUCCUAAUCCUCUCAGUAUUGACUGGUCUGUCUGAAGCCACGUUCCCUGAUGACAGUGGUCCCCUCAGCACCGGGUCAGUGGACUACAUGAAGCACAGCAUAGUCUUUGUCGGAAAUGGACCCGGAGCAAGCCCUGGCCUCACAGAGAGGCUGGAUUUUCAACGGAUACUGAAAGUAAACAGGACCCUUUUCGUUGGUGGAAGGGAUCAUCUGUACAGUGUGGAUUUGGAUGCACCAGUGGCAGACGAAAUGCUUUAUAACAAAAAACUGACAUGGCGAUCGAAUCAACAUGACAUUGAUAUCUGCAGAAUGAAAGGCAAAAAUGAGGCAGAAUGUCGGAACUUUAUCAAAGUUCUUCUGAAGAGAAAUAACAGUGUGCUUUUCAUCUGUGGGACGAAUGCUUACAAUCCAGUGUGUGCAAAUUACACAAUGGACACCCUGGAGCCUCUCGGACUUAGUAUCAGUGGAAUGGCAAGAUGCCCCUAUGAUCCCAAACAGGCCAAUGUUGCACUCUUUGCUGAUAAUAAAUUAUUUACUGGAACAGUCACUGAUUUCCUAGCGAUUGAUGCUGUUAUCUACCGAAGCUUGGGAGGUAGUCCAACUCUCCGAACAGUCAAACAUGACUCCAAGUGGUUCAAAGAACCAUACUUUAUCCAUGCGGUGGAAUAUGGUCGUCAUGUUUUCUUCUUUUUCCGAGAAAUUGCUAUGGAAUUUAACUACCUGGAAAAGGUGGUUCUCUCCAGAGUUGCUCGGGUCUGCAAGAAUGACAUGGGGGGCUCCCAGCGAGUGUUGGAGAAGCAGUGGACAUCCUUCUUGAAAGCACGCUUGAACUGCUCAGUGCCUGGAGAUUCACAUUUCUACUUCAAUGUCCUUCAGGCUGUUACCGACAUCAUACGGAUCAAUGGGCAUACCAUCGUACUCGCCAUAUUCUCCACUCCCUCCAAUAGCAUUCCUGGAUCUGCUAUCUGUGCCUUUGACAUGGAACAGAUUUCCAGCAUUUUUGAUGGACGUUUCAAGGAGCAAAAGUCCCCAGAAUCUAUCUGGACACCAGUUCCUGAAGAACUAGUUCCAAAGCCAAGACCUGGCUGCUGUGCGGAACCAGGAACGAAAUACAACUCCUCUAAUGGAUUUCCAGAUGAGAUGUUAAACUUUGUAAAGACUCACCCACUGAUGGAUGACACAGUUCCCUCAUUAAACCAUGGGCCAUGGAUUAUAAAGACAACCAUCAGGGAUCGACUGAACAAGAUUGUAGUGGAUACAGAGGCAGGCCCCUUUAAGAAUUACACUGUGGUAUUCCUAGGCUCUGAAACUGGGGUUAUUCUCAAGUUCCUCAUUCGACCAACUACAAGUACAAACUUUGUCAAUCGAAGCCUGUUCCUUGAACAUUUUGAUGCGUACAGUCCAGAGAAGUGCAACAGCAAUGGACGUGAGCACCGGAAGAUCGUGGGAAUGGAGCUCGAUAAGAUCAGUGGGACACUACUUGUGGCGUUUUCCUCUUGCGUCGUCCGUGUUGCUUUUGCCCAUUGUCAGCAGCAUGCUACCUGCAUGAAGAGCUGUGUUGGCACUCGUGAUCCCUACUGUGGCUGGGUCGGAGAUGGACAGUGUGCAUAUUUGGAACCUGGAACCAGCAUUUCAUUUGAACAAGAUGUUGAUCAUGGAAAUACAACACACCUGGGUGACUGUGAAGGCCUGAUACAUGAGAGCUUUGUCGAGGAACCCAAUGGUCUGGUUUCUGUCAACCUCCUGGUGAUCUCAGCCAUUGCUGCCUUUGUGAUCGGAGCAGUUAUCUCUGGGUUCAGCGUCUGUUGGUUCAUUGGCCACCGGGACAAGAAAGACACAGCGAGGAGGAAAGAUAAGGAAACCAUCCUUUCUCACAGCGAGUCUGUAGUCAGUGUGACCAAGCUUGGUGGCAUGGUGGAACGUCGCUCCAGGGGGCAGCCAGAAACUCUGCUCGCUCCACUGAUGCAGAAUGGCUGGUCGAAGAACUUGAUAAAAACCAGCCAGCAUCACCUUGACUCCACAGUUCUCCCAACGCCGGAGCAGACACCGCUGCAGCAGAAACGCAGUGCAGGGAUUAGAAGCUGUGAGUGGGAUCAGAACCUGAUUAACGCAAGCCUAAGAGAUCAGUCGUGUGCAGGAUCACCUAUGAUACUGGUUGACUCCACGCACCAAGCAGUGCCCCACCAUGUUAGCAAUGUGCGGGUCAUCCCAACUUCCCGCCAUUCCUUCCAUCGAGAUCAGGAGCUGGUGAGUGAUAAUAAAGAUGUUAUGGACAACCAUUAUCUUUCGCAUGGUAUGAGAGAACAGCUUGAGAAACCGAGUUCUCACUAUAGGUCAUCGUUGGGUGGGAAUGGAGUUAGCCAUGCUUUUGUGGAAUAUUCAGUAUCUCCUCAUAACAGUCCCAAGAGAAGAAGAGGCGUGUCAACACCCGUAUUGCCACAAGACUAUAUUGGGGACGACCCAACCUGUUCCACACAGUGGAAUUAUGAGAAAGCAAAUGCAUCCAUACCCUCACAGCACGUGAGGAGUCAAACAUUUAGCAGAGGGGAAAGUUCAACAGCUCUGCAGAGAAAGGACCCAGUGACUGUGCACCACGUUCAUCUCCAUCAGUCAGUCCAGUCCGUUACCGGGCAACCUGACCUUGCAAGCUUCAAAGCACCAAAAAAAUCAGGCAUUGAAAGGACAACUUCAGCAAAGUGAAAUGCAUUCUGCUUUCCUAAUUCUUCAUUAACCUUUGUGAAAAUGUGUGACUAAUGUUUAAAAGCAAAAGUUAACUACUAGAGGAAACCUAGGCAUGGAGACAACAGUGCUCCUUGUACAACAAAGACCUGUCCUCAAAAUUAUGCAUUUAUUUCCUUUGCAAAAAAAUAAAUGAGCUUCAGAAGGAUGUAGGGGAGAAAAUUACUGAGGAAUCUUACUGGAUUUCUCUUUACUGCUGCCUUUUCAGGAGCCAUAGUAACAGAAAAAAAAUUGCCCUGAAUUUUAAUUAGCAAUUAUUCUUACAAUUUUACACAGCAAGAUUUUUAUUACUGCUAAUCUAAUAAAACAAUAUCCAAAUGCACAAGAUACUGGCUGUGCACUUCAAAAAGUCAUUAUACUCUCUUAUUCAAGUUUCUAAAGUUGAUUUACUUUUACUUCAUAUCUUGGCUGAAAUAAAUUCAGCAUGAUACUUUGUUUGGACAAGCGACAAUGGACUUAAUUUCAGAUUUAUGCAGAUUAGAUAUACAGCAAUACGUUCGUUCAUUAUCAGAAUCAUAGAUUGAUACAGCCCAUAAAGAGGCUAUGAGGACAAAUAGACACAUGCCAACUCUUUGGCAGACAUUUUUUGUUUAACUUUUUCUUGCUUUUCCUUCAUCUCUUCAAUGUUCUUCUUCAAAUUUCCUUUGGAACUUAUUUUCAGUUUGCUUCACUUCCCUUUCAGUUCCUGGCAACUUACUACAUGAAUGAUUUCUUCCUCAAGUCAUUUCUUGUUCUUUUGCCUAUUACCCAAUGUCCAGGUUAUUAGGUUACCAACCUUUCUAACAAAAGGAGACAAUUCCUCCAUUUUGCUUGUGAAAACCUAUCAUGAUUGUGAGAAAAUCUCUUAACUUUGUAUCUCUAGUAACCAAAAUCCUACAAUUUUAGUACUGUUCCCACUAAACUCCCUUGCACCUAUUUUAAGUCCUUGACACCGUUCUGAAACUUCAGCACCAAAAAAUGGCCACAAUGCUUUGUUUGGGGCCUGACUAAUAAUAAUUUCCAUUCUUUACAGUGCUAUUUACAAAGCCAAGGAUCCUAAAAGCAUUUUGAAAAAAAACUUCUUUAUUUUUCCUAACCAUCUUCAGCAAUUUGUCAAUAUAAACCCUUGUGGCAGAUUUGUGGAUAUAUUGUAAAUCCUUAAACAACCACCAAAUCUCAAUGUGUUACUGUAGUGGUAAGUAGUAAGCAAGCUUAGACAGGAUUCGUAAAGACUGACACCUUCCCCAAAUAUUAAUAAGAGACAAUUUAUCCAAGUUUCUUCUGGUGCCCUUUUCUGAUGAAAGAAAUGACAUUAUGUCAUAUACAGCUGUAGACCUCCCAGGUGCUAAAGGUGAACUGGGUUUUAUCCAAAAGCAGGAUUAGAUAAAAUUUCAAGCAAUGGUGACUGAACGAUGAGCAAAAAACAAAACAGGAUCUAAUAUUGACUGUUUUCCUCCUCCAACCCAGGGCACUGAGGUUAAUCAUACCACUAUCCCAAAAGUCGCCUCAUAUUGAAUUGCCAAUAUCAUUUACCAAGUAACACAUUAAAAUGAGCAUUAAGCUUGUACAUGUUCAAUCCAUGUAAUUGAUUAAAAGUUAGUAUAACACUCCAUCAACUACUUUCCAGAAAAUACAAAUCUAAAUUGCAAAAAUGAAAACAACAUCAGUCAUUCUUUAAAAUGAGAAGAAAGGCUGUGACAAGCCAAAUUUAUUUGUCAUUCAACCAAAAAAUACAAAGGAAGAAAGUUGACAUCAAAUUUAUAAUGCAGACAUUAUGUCACAGAACCACCUUCCCUAUCUAUUGGCAGUUGUGGCCGUAUAACUGUCUAGAAAAUAUCCACUGCAUUCUGGAACAGAAACAAUGGGCCAACACUUCUUUAAAAAAAACUGGUGUACUUCUUCAAUGGUGCUGAACAUAUACAGGAAUACUUUAGACAAACUUUUCUUUCUCUUGGAUUCUGUCCAAGGUUAUGCAGUCUGCUUCCCUUGCUCCACCAAAUAGGCGUGAAGCAGAAUAGUUUCAGCUAAUGUGUUUUUCAGGAAUACUUGGUAUUUAAAUGCAUUUAUUUAAUUCUAUCCAACAAGAUGAAAGAGAACUUGAACUGAGCUACCAAAUUUGGCAUAGAUUUGAAGGAAAGCUACGUUGAUGUUGGCAAAACCGUGUUGCAACAGAAGAUUAAAACACAGAACACACUAAGACUGUUAACAUUAUUUAUUAAUCCUUUUAAUCAGUUCGGUUCAGAUUUGAACAAAAAUCAGAGCAAAAAGUUCAAAAGGCAACUCUCCUCUUAGACACUGAAUGUGUGAAUGGAAAGCUUUGUGAUCCUCAUACCUUCAUUUCUUUUUAUAAUUAAGAGGAGCUCCUGGAAAGCAGCAGUACACGUCCCAGUGUAAUUACUGUAGCAGAUUGCAAGCACAAAUUUUUCACGGGGAAGAUAUUAUUUUAUAAAGUUUUAGAUAAAUUUUAGAAGCACUGAUAAUUUUGAUGAUGGUGUAAUGGUUGAAUUUUGCAAUGACUGUGAAAGACUUUCUCAGUAUUCAUGUAUUUAUGGACUGCACAUUGCAUAAGGUUGGGCAUAUCUAGAAAUGUUAGGGGACUGAGGACACUUACUCUCAUUUGAAAUUCAACAGAGUACAAUGAAGGGCGCAAGAAAUGUUCGUACCAAGCCCAAAUGAACUAUGUAAAAACCCAGCUAUGUAAUUAAGAUUCUGUCCUAAUGCACUCAGUUAUGUCUAAAGAAGGGUUUUAAGCAGUGCAACACUAGUAGUGCAGGCCAGUCACUGGCAGAAGCAGUGACGGAAGCAUUUUAAGCUGAUGAAUACAUUAUAUGACACAAGUAGUCUAUUGGCACAAACUUAAAAUGUACUGGCUCAGGUACAAAUAUACCUGUAGCACCUUGGUAUCAAUGACAACAUUGACUUGCUCUUUAUUCUAAGGCGAGUGUUAAUUCCAUGGCUCCCCAUGUGGUAAUUUUCCAUAGGGAAACUAGAACAAUGAUACAAAUGUCUGAUGAAUAAGCCAAUUUGUAAUAUGUUUCAAUUCAAUGGCCGUAGAACAACCAAGAUGUUGUGAUAGUGGUGCAGAAUCUGUCCAUGGAUAAACUCAUCACUAUGGAUGAGAGGCAGGAGCAUAUCAUCAGAAUGUAUAUAUAUCACCAGAAGGCUGUUCUGUGAAAGAUGUGUCAUUCUUCCUGCUCCAUACUAUUUAUUUUCCAUUCAUUUCAAUCAGCAUUGCUUCCAGCUUGAUGGCAACAGUCUGCAUCAGACUUAGUGUUUCUGCUUUAUUCUCAAUCUAAAAAAAUGUCCAGUAGCUUAAUUUUGGAAUUAGUAACAAUGAAUGGGCUUGGAGUUUACAACCAAUGGCAAUCAUAGUGAUCAUUUAAACUAUUUGAACUAUUUUGUGACAUCAUGAAGAUUUUUUUCAUCAUACUGUGACUUAAAUAUUUACAUAUUUAUCUGUUAGGUCAAAAUUCAUUUUGCAGGUAACUUUCCAGAAAGAAGUUAUUCUUGAACUCUGAUGAGCUUACUGAAGGAUGUUUGAAUCCUUGCCAGGCCUGGUCCAUAUGCAAUUGAUCAUUAAGAACUAUACAAAAUGUGUGUGUUGUUUCCUAGCCAGCUUACUCAUUCCUUGCAUUGCAUGGUGUUGUGCAUGCCUUGUGUGGGUCUGUGCAAAAUUCUUUUGACAUGGGCUUAGAUUUAGGCAUGGAAUGUAGACAUACCCAAGCCAAACUGAACACUCUGUCCCAACCUGCCAAGAGGGCAUUCUGGGCAUUGUUUCAGAGCUAGGCCAAGACUCUAAUUCUGGAUGCUAGACUUUAGGGCCAGCCUUUCUCUUGUAAAUAGUAUAUUGUUUACCUCCAUUGCACUUGACAAAGAUUAACAUUCUGUGACAGACUCCUGAUGGUCCUAAUUAAACAACUGGGAGCUGGAUUCUGUCAUUAAUCAUAGCUUACUUCAACCUAUUUACUUAAUUAUAAUUGUUAGUGCAUGAUGUGCAAAGGAGAAUAAAUACAAUUUGCCUUAAGGCUGCCAAAUCAGUUUUCUUGGGCACCAAUUGGAUCAACACCAUUACUGUUACAGGCCAUUUUAGACUACCAUACACUUUAUUCUUUGGUUGGUCAGCACAUGAUGUACAUCAGACCUGUUAAAAGAAAAUCCAGUUUGAUGCCCAAUGGGAUUGGCAUAAGCAAUGAAAUUUUACCAGCAAAUCUAAGGGGUGCAAGAUUUGGGAACUAGUUUGGUCUUCAAAAGAUGAAAAAUGCUGCUAGUUUGAAAGGAAAGCCCGUUAUUAGAAAAAAAAAAAUUGGGCUGACAAGAUAUAAUAACCACAACUCCCUCUUAAAAAUACUAUGGAGGGUAGGUGAAUAAAGGGACUAUAGUAGUUUAGCACUUGAUUUCUAGCCAUAGGUCACAGGUGUAAGGUACAGGAUAGCCUGUCACUUGCUUGCUUCUUGUUGAGGAGUGUCUUUCUAUGGCCAUUGCAUUCAGUGCCACUCAAAAGCAAGAUGUUACCGUUCAGAAAGGAACACGGAGGAUACUUUUAUCAAGCUGACUUCUUUUGAAACGGCUCUCUUUGCUGUUGAUCUCAGAGUGGAAAAUGUGGUGGUUUUAGAGAUGCCCUCAGCUCAGAAUAAGGAGGAAAGAUGGAUGGUGUUGAGAUCUGUGAAGGAAAAAAAAAUCUCCCAGUUCUAAUGGGAAGCUCAGUGUGUGCGUGUUUGUGUGAGUGUGUUUGUGUGUCAGUGUGUUUUCUUGUUUUACAAAGAGACUGGAACAACAAUAUGUAAUUCAACUUUUGCUUAUGGAGUAAAGCCCCAUGUUAAAGAAACUUCUUUUUAAUGAAAUACCUUUGUUGUCAAAUCUACUCCUGAUCUGUUUGCAUUUUGUUGUCAUUCACAAGGAGCUAUACGAGUGUUAAAUUUUGUGCAAAUAUAUACAUUUAACAUUAAUAUGUAACAUGUUAUAGCUCUACACAUGAGUUUCUCAUAGGUAUAUUAUUAUUUUGGAAAUUAUUUAUUUAAAUUUGUUUUGCUGAUUGAAAAUGCACUGCAUUUAAAAACACAUCUCACUGAGUUUCUGGGAAUAAACUAAACUGUGGGCUUUUAUUAUCUUCUGUUAACAAAGGAGAUGCUGUAUUAUCAUCUAGUUUCUUAUUGACAAGUACCCACAACAUAAAGUAUCUUCUAAUCAGAAUACAGCUGGCAUUAAAUUUGCAAUCUAUCAAUGCUACCCAUAUUACUGGAGGCUACAAAACCAAAUCAAUCUCUGCUUUAAAGAAGGACUUAGAUAAACCAUUGAAGAAGAAACUGAUUGAAGAGUCUGGAGUACGAGCAGUCAUAUGGUAUCUCAAGGUGUAAUGCUUAACACACCAGUAGACGAGUGGAAAACCAGAGAAAUCACAUUGCUGCAGCUUCUAAGGAUGAAUCAUGAGAGAUCCAGCUCUGUACCUCCUGUACUGCUUUUAACCAGAAGUCCUUGAUGCAAAUGAAUGAAGAAAAGUAUACACAAAAUGCCAGAAGAACUCUGCAAGUCAGGUGGUAUCUAUGGAAAUGAAUAAACAGUUGCUGUUUUGGGCUGAGACCCUUCCCAGUACUGAAUAAAGGGUCUCGAUGCAAAAUGCUGACUGUUUACUCAUUUCCACAGAUGCUGCCUGACCUGCCGAGUUCCUCCAGCAUUCUGUGACGAUUGCUUUGGAUUUCCAUCAUCUGCAGACUUACUCAUGUUUGUGAAGAGAAAUAUACUUUACCCCAACGCUAAACAUCCCUCAACUCAUGGAAUCAAAAUUUUCAAAUUGCUCAGGUUUUGAAAGAAACUGAUUCUCAAAUAAUGGUGUUUUCAGUUGAUUGAGGAAAUGAAGAAAAAAAUUCCAGGUGAGACUUGGUUUAGAUUUAAACUUUGCAGCUAAUUAUUUUGCUUUAAGAUAUCAAAAAACAUGAACAGAUCAAUUCUCCCUUCAGGAUUCUUAGUGGUAGAUGCAUUAAUUUUAACAUGGGUGGAGUAACAAACCUCAGUUCUAAGAUGAAAAUUCUAAUAUAAUCCAUGCCUGCUGAUCUUGUCCAGGGUAUGAGUUGGAAGAGAGUGCACCCUAAACAAUGAAAACAACUCUUGUCCUUUGUACACAGCCUUGUAAUGCUGUCGGAGUGCCCUCAGGUGGUGAAUGGAGGUGGAGCUCAGCUCCAUUUCCUGACACAGGUUACAGCAGGGUUUCAUUCCCGUGAGCAGUUCAUAAUCCAAACCAGUUUCCCACAUGGCAGAAGAUGACCACAGCUCCACAGCAACCAGCAAAUACACCCCGCCAGUCUUCCAAAUGUUCAUUCAUUUGCAUGAGCUGGAGAAGACCUGUACAAUGUAAGGGUCUACAUCAUCAAUAUAACCAUGCUGGCUGAGAUUCCAUAUGCUUUUUGGUGGCUGUGAAAAUCUCAUCACGAAUCAGCCUGUUGAAAAACGCAAGUUACAUUUUUUUAAAAGCACAUGCUGUAGGAACUCAGCAGGUCAGGCAGCAUCCAUGGAAAUGAAUAACCAGUCUGUGCUUUGGCUCUUCUUCAGGGCCCAUAAUCAAGCAGCCUUCGACCCAUUUCGGGAAACCCAUUUUGCAAAUCCACAGGAUAAUUGUAUCAGAUGUGUUAUCUUUUGUAACUCCAGGAAUUAAUUGAAAGAAAAACAUAGGAGAUGGGAUGAUGGUCUACUUAGUUUUGCUUUUCCUUUUUAUUUAAUAAGGCUCUCACAUAUGCCAUGACGGCAUAAUGUUGUAUAUCAUUUAUGUACUUCGUACAUAUAACUCAUAAUGAGUGAUGUAAACAACAAAGAAUACUUAAUCAAACAGCAUAUUUACAAUUAAAUAUUGAAUGCACUACACUUCUCCCUGCUAAACUUAUAAAUUCCAACUAUGUAGCAUAUUGCUGUCUAGUCAUCUUACAUAGUAUAUACACAGUAUACUAUACAAUGCAACUACUAAAUCGACACCCACAGCAUUUAAGUUAUCCCGUUCAAGACUAAAGAUUUAAUCGCUGGGGAGGUUUCUUACUCUUGUGGGAUAAUGCCUUUGUCAGAAAAGACAAAGAGGUUCAUUCUGCUUGGCAGGGGAGACUUGUGGUUGUGAAACAAUUUGAGGUUCUGAGGCCUCCUCCGUGGUGGUUGUAGUAGUUAGCUCUGAGACUGCAGGAUGUGGUUUUGACAGCUCUGGGUACCUUUCAUCUCUAACAAUUGACCCUGCUUUCCUCAGCUGAUCAAUGUGUCAUCUCCAGAUGACAUCAGACCCAAUCUGCACUGUGUAGGAGAGUGGUCCAGUUCCGACCUUAAUCUUUCCAAGUACCCACUUUUGAUCACCUCUGUAGUCCCUCACCAGCACUGCUUAUCCAGGAGUGAAGCAUCAAACCUCUUUGUUUGAGGAGCCCUCAAUUUGUCUCAGCUGUUUGUCUUCCAUACUCUUCCUGACAUUGGGUUUGAGGGGUUCCAAGUGUGAGCGCAAGGGACAACCCAGGAGCAGCGUAGAUGGGGAGUUGUUAGCUGCAAAGGAGGAAUUUGGUGAGCUUCUGAUUCAGUGUAGUGUGUUCUGCUGACAUUGCUUGCAGUACAUUCUUUAGACUCUGGAAAAAUCUUUCUGCCAAGCCAUUUGUAGCUGGGCAGUUUGUACAGUAGAGUUGAAGCAUGUCUUAUUCCAUUUAUUUUCAGGAACAACUGAAACUGUUCCACUGCAAACUGGUCUGUUGUCACUGACUAGGUGACCUAGAAAACCAAGCCUUGAGAAGAGACACAUCAGCAGUGUGCGAGGCUAUAGUGGAGGCUGUUGGGAACACUACUGUUCAGUUUGUAGCUACAUCUACUACCAACAAGACAUUUAUGCCCAGGAAUGGUUUGGCAAAAUCCAUAUGAAUCCUCUGCCAGAACAAUUCAGGCUAUUGUAGGGGAUGGAGGGGCACUGCUCUUGGCAUCUUCUGGACGUGUUGGCAUCCAGAACAGUACAUGGCAAGCUGCCUAAAUCUGCUGAUCUAUCCCAAGCCACCAGACAAGGCUUUGAGCCAACAGUUCCAUUUUGACCAUGCCUUGACAACCAGCAUGUAGUUCCUCCAACACUUCAGUUCACAGCUUAGAUCAUACAACAACUCUCAACCCCCACAGGAGGCAAUGCCCAUCAAGGGAAAGUUCAUUCCAACACUGGUAAAAAUGGGGGGACUGGAAUUUCUGCUACACAAUGCAACAAUUUUGUAUUGCCUUGUAGACCUGAGAUGGUGUGUGGUCCUUUUUGGUUUAUCUGUGGACCACCUUUUCUAUAAUAGGGAGAACUUCAAUCUGCAUCAGAGAGCAUAUGUUGACAGGAGUGUCCUCUUUUGCAAAUUUUUCAGGUAUUUCCUUUUCCAUGUGUAAAAGGGACAAUCCAUCUGACUUCUCCCAUCUCCAUCUGUAGAUAGGCCUCGGCUAAGACCACUUUGCAGAAGUGUCUCCCUCCUGAAAGGUUUGUGAAGAUAACCUCUACCUUGGGCAAAGGGUAUUGUUCUAGGUCGAUAGUGACCUUGAAAUCAUCACAGAUCCUGACAGACCUAUUCUUCUUGACUACUGGGAAAUCUGAUAUUGCCCAUGAGUUCCAGUCAACCUGGGAAAGAAUUCCUUCAGCCUUCAUGAGAUCUGGUUCACUGGCUACUUUAUCAUGGAUGGUGUAAGGAACCAGACAGGCUUUACAAAAUUUGAGUGUGGCAUUUUCAUUUAACAUUAUUUUACCCUUGAUAUGUUUGAAUUUUCCAAUGCAAUCCUUGAACACUGUGGUGGCAUCACCCAGUGUCUUUUUUUUUUACCUUGCUUUCAAUUGACUAUUACAGGGAAUAUGGCAUGCAAAUAGUGGAUGGAUCUCCAAUCAAGUUGUAGUUGUCUGAGCCACCCAUGCUCUCACAAUGCUGGCCUUCCUGUUUUUACUACAUACAAGCCCGAUGUGGCUAGUUGGUUGCUGUAUUUCACUGCUCAAAUGUCAUUCCCAAAGGAGUUACCUUUUCUCCUGUAUAAAUUCUUAGCUGGAUAUCUGUUGACUUCAGUUCAGUAUCUUUGAAAAGCCAUUCAAACUCAUCUUAUGGAAUAGCUGCGCCAGUGUCCAAUUCCAUUUUAAUUAAUUUGCUGUUCACUUCUGGAGUAAGCUAUAUUGUUUGUCUCUUGUUCAUUUUCACAUCACAAAUCUCAAGGCUACUCAGUCCUGUGUCACUCUCAUCAUUAUCAUAUUUUUCAUCAACAACAUUCAGAUUUGUGCUCUUUAUGAAACUGCAACUUGACACUUUAUCUUUUGCUCUUCCCUGUGCAGUCCAUUUAGUUUUGUCUGUCCAACAUGCUCUUUGUAUGUGUCACAUUUUGUUGCAUUUUCUGCAAGAUUCUCUUUUCAACCUGCAUUUAUCUGGUGUAUGUGAGCCCCUGCCACAAUGGUAACACAAUUUGUUCAGCCAGGCAAGUUUCUGUUCAGACAUUGCAAUUUUGUUGAUGCUCACUUUCAUUCCUGACUGCAAAUCAAUUAUGUCUCUGGCUGCUGUUUCCAUUGAUAAAGCACUUUCAACUGCUCUUUUAAAUGUGAGUUGUGCUUCAGUUAGGAGCCAUUUUUGAAUGUUUUCUUGUAAGAUUCCAUAAAUGCAACAAUCUCCCUGUGCAUGAUUAAGUCCAACAUUCAACUGAUAAUGCUCAGACAAUUUUUUCAAUUCAUCCACACAAAUUGAAAUGGACUCCAUUCCUUUUGAAUCUGCUUAUAAAACCUAAAACUUCCUACAAUCAACAAUGGUUUUGGAAUUACAUUCAUGAUACAGCAAAGCUCAUUUCAACUGGUUUGGUUGGAGCAGUCAAACUCCUAAGCAAAUUGUAUGCUUUUCUGCCUACUGCACUCAGAAAAACUGGUGUUUGUUUCUCGUAGCUUCAUUUGCUUCAAAAUACUGCCCAAUUAGCUCAGUAUACAACAUCCAGUUAUCUGUAGAGCAAUUUAAUACAUCUAACUUUCCAAUGUGGCUAGUUAUUUUGCUUUUUUAAAAAAAAUGUUAUUACUAUCACCCGGUACUCACUGUUAUUGAGCCCGUGACCAUACACGGUGCUUGUUAUUUUUUUAAAAAACUUGAACAUCUGUCUCCCCUUCUGAAGAAACAUGUGCUGCCCUUGAACAGGUAGGUAGCUGUCGUGGGUUGAUUUUAACUCUUCCUCCUUGACACCGUUAUGUUUUGUAACUCCAGAAUCUAAUUGAAAGAAAAACACAGGACCCAGGAUAACAGUCCAUUUAGUUAAUCUUAUCCCUUUUUUUAAGUGAAACACACACAUAUAACAUGGUGACACAGUGAUAUAUGCCAUUCAUGUACUUCUUACAUAUAACCCAAAUUGAAUUAUGUAAACAAAUAAUGCUUAAUCAAACUAUACAAUAUUUACAAUAUUACACAAAUAUUACUGAAGUAUUGAAUACACUACAAGAUGAACCUUGGGCAUUAAUGGAUCAAGUGAGAUCUGCCAUUUUACUAAUCCAAGAUAAACAUUCUUCAGUCACCAAACAGGCAACAUUGAGCUGAAUUUAUUCCCGUUCAAAAUGUCCAUUUUUGUUGAAUAUAUUAGAUAAAAAUACAACUACCUUUGAGAUUAAUGUAGUAAAAACUGGAAUGGACAUUACAGACCAUCAGUGAAAAAGUAUCUAAUUGAGUCAGAUAGGUACAGCUGGAACAUGCUUCGCACUAUUGUCUCUGUAUACUGAGAGAAUAAUCAAUAAGCAGUUAAUCUUACUGAAUUGAUCAAAAUUAUUCUCGCUGUCUUGAGAAUCGGGUAAAGCUCUAAUUAAAUCCUUGAGUCAGUGACUAACGCUCCCAGUAACUGGCAUUCUCAGUUGCAGUGGUGCUAGGCUUAGCUUAAUCAUACUUUCAAAAAUGUAACACACUGCUUUUCAUUAUGACUGCCAAUUUUAUGCAUUUUAUUCUGAGUUAAUUAUUUUAAUAAGGCACUUGUUUAGGAUAUGGGCAAAAAUAUUAGCACAAUAGAAUGAAACAGACCGAGCACAGAAUAGAAAUGCCCCAUUACCCAUUUAUAAAAUAGGUUACAGAGAUCUUGCAUGCACAUGGAUUUGUUUCUCCAUCUCAACAGCUAAGAGUGUCUCAACUCCAAAAUAAUGUAUUGUACAAAAGUCCACCUGUAUUUCUCCCCUAUUGUCCCAGUCUCUUUUGAUUUCUGAACCAGAUAUGCACCGGCUUUUUUUUCUAAAUAUUGUGUUCUCUUUAUGAAAUAUAAAAUUAAAAUGCUUAUAAAGGUCCUACAUAAUUUUAAAAAUCUGAUGUUGUAGUUUUCUUUUAUUUGCGCUGAUGCUACACUAUAGUAAAAGUGCAACACGAUGUUAAUAAAGAAUUUCAGAACUGCCCUGUAUGAUACUCUGGGGUGUAUUACAAAUACCUAUGCAAUUCACAGUUAGCUUUCAAUCUUGUAUAACUGAAAACAGCACAAGUCCAUCAAAGCCUGUGCUUUAUUCCCGUACAGUCUGUAUUUUGCUUAAUAUAUGUAGACUAUAUAUACAGGAUAUUUAUCACUUCAUUGUGGAUUGUUGUGAUACAAAAGCUUCAGUAAUAAGUGCAGUGCAAGUGUGGUACUUUGGUUACUGGACAUCGUUUCCCAUAUAAUAUUAUAACUGAGGGCACAAUAUGUCGAGACUGAGUGGCAGAAUGAGUUCAACGUGGAUAUCUCACAGCACUGACAUGAAUUCAUAAUCUUUCCCUGAUUUGUAUUGAAAUUUAUGUCUGUUUAUCAGUCAUGCUGUUAUUUGAAACACAGUCAGGUCACCCUACUGACUUGAAUUAGCACGAACUUUAAAAGUGAUAUUAGAUUGGUAGUUUUAUCAGUUGGGUGUUAUGGGAAGUAGAAAAAAAAGUGUUACUGAUACCAUAGGUGUUAUUCUUCCCACUGUUGCUGAGGCACAACUGUGUUGUAGACCUGCAAUAUAUCAUUGUGAAAACUUACUCCACAGUUUAAUGAGAAAAGAUUGUAAAACAAAACUACCCUAAAGCAUUUUGGACAUAUAUAUUUUUAUAUCAAGCCACGACACAAAAUAUGUAUCCUUUUUUAAUAAUUUCCUUAUUGAUGCAUAAUUUGCUAAUAAUUCAUUAUAAACACCUAUACUGAAUGUUAUUCCUUUAUGUGGCACUGAGAGGUAACUUAUGAACAUUAAAGA